AGGUGUAGCCGGUCGCUGGAGGCAGGCGGUUGUGGCGGAAGAGGUUAGGUGGUUGAUGGCGGAUGAAGCUCUGAAGCCCGUGUAAGGCUCCCCGUCUGUCCGAGCCCCUCACUGGAUUCAUGAUGACAUCCUUUCAAGAAGUCUCACAGACUUCCAAUUUUGCCCAUGUCAUCUUUCAAAAUGUGGCCAAGAGCUAUCUUCCUAAUGCACACCUGGAAUGUCAUUACACCUUAACUCCAUAUAUCCAUCCACAUCCAAAAGAUUGGGUUGGUAUAUUCAAGGUUGGGUGGAGUACUGCUCGUGAUUAUUACACAUUUUUGUGGUCCCCUAUGCCUGAACAUUAUGUAGAAGGAUCAACAGUCAAUUGUGUAUUAGCAUUUCAAGGCUAUUACCUUCCAAAUGAUGAUGGAGAAUUUUAUCAGUUCUGUUACGUUACCCAUAAGGGUGAAAUUCGUGGAGCAAGUACACCUUUCCAGUUUCGAGCUUCUUCUCCAGUUGAAGAGUUGCUUACUAUGGAAGAUGAAGGAAAUUCUGAUAUGCUGGUGGUGACCACAAAAGCUGGCCUUCUUGAGUUGAAAAUUGAGAAAACCAUGAAAGAAAAAGAAGAACUGUUAAAGGUAAUGGCCGUUUUGGAAAAAGAAACAACACAGCUUCGAGAACAAGUUGAAAGAAUGGAAAAAGAACUUAAUCAUGAAAAAGAAAGAUGUGACCAACUCCAAGCAGAGCGAAAGGAACUUACUGAAGUAUCUGAAAGUUUGAAAAUGGACAAUGAAGAACUUAAGAGGAGAUACAAUUAUGCUACAUCCAAAGCUGUCAAGCUUGAGGAAGAUAUUGUGUUAGUGACAAAUAAAGCAAUUGAAAAGGAAACUGAAUUGGACAGUUUAAAGGACAAACUCAGGAAGGUACAAUGUGAAAGAGAGCAACUUGAAUAUCAAUUGAAGACAGAAAAGGAUGAGAAGGAACUUUAUAAGGUACAUUUGAAGAAUAGAGAAAUAGAAAAUACCAAACUUGUGUCAGAGGUCCAGACUUUAAAGAAUUUAGAUGGAAACAAAGAAAACAUGAUUACUCAUUUCAAAGAAGAGAUCAGCAGACUACAAUUCUGUUUGGCUGAAAAGGACAGUCUGCAAAGGGCUUGCUUGCUUACUGCCUCAAGUAAGGAAGAUACAUUUAUUUUAAAAGAGCAACUUCGUAAAGCAGAGGAACAGAUUCAGGCAACUCGCCAAGAAGUUGUUUUUCUGACUAAAGAACUUAGUGAUGCUGUAAAUGUGAGAGAUAAAACUAUGGCAGAUCUGCAUACUGCACGCUUGGAAAAUGAGAAAGUCAAAAAGCAGUUAGCUGAUGCACUGGCUGAACUCAAACUAAAUGCUGCGAAAAAAGACCAGGAAAAAACUGAUACACUGGAACAUGAACUGAGAAGAGAAGUUGAAGAUCUAAAACUUCGUCUUCAGAUGGCAGCAGACCAUUACAAAGAAAAAUUCAAAGAAUGCCAGAGGCUCCAAAAACAAGUAAACAAACUUUCAGACCAGUCAGCCAAUAAUAGUACUGUCUUCACAAAGAAAAUUGGGAACCAGCACAAAGUGAAUGACGCCUCAGUAAACACAGACCCAGCUGCCGCCGCCUCUGCUGCAGGUAUACAGCCACUGCCUCCUGCAGCAGAGACAGAUUUUGACAUUGUAACAAAAGGGCAAGUCUGUGAACUGACCAAAGAAAUUGCUGACAAAACAGAAAAGUAUAAUAAAUGUAAACAACUCUUGCAGGAUGAGAAAACAAAAUGCAGUAAAUAUGCUGAUGAACUUGCAAAAAUGGAGCUGAAAUGGAAAGAACAAGUGAAAAUUGCUGAAAAUGUAAAACUAGAACUAGCUGAAGUAGAGGACAGUUACAAACUUCAGUUGGCAGAGAAAGACAAGGAAAUAAAUGGUCUAACUUCACAUUUGGAAAGCCUCUCCCGGGAGCAGGAACUUAAAAGGAGUCUAGAAAAUCAAGCAGAAGGGAAAAUGGAAGGUCAGAAUUCCCAGAGUCCUCAGCAGAUUUCACAGGGUCUCAACGCAUGCUCAGAGCAAAAUGGUCAUGUUUCUGCAAUACCAGAUACGCAGCCAGUUCUACAGUACGGCAAUCCUUAUGCAACACAGGAAACAAGAGAUGGAGCAGAUGGCGCUUUUUACCCAGAUGAAAUCCAGAGGCCGCCUGUGCGAGUCCCCUCCUGGGGACUGGAAGAUAACGUCGUCUGCAGCCAGCCUGCUCGAAACCUUAGUCGGCCUGAUGGUUUGGAAGAUCCUGAGGAUAGUAAAGAGGCUGAGAACGUGCCUACGGCUCCUGAUCUGCCAAGUACACAUUUACACGGGCAUGGAACAGGCUUUUGCUUUGAUUCCAGCUUUGAUGUUCACAAGAAGUGUCCCCUCUGUGAAUUAAUGUUCCCUCCCAACUAUGAUCAGAGCAAAUUUGAAGAACAUGUUGAAAGUCACUGGAAGGUGUGCCCAAUGUGCAGCGAGCAGUUCCCUCCUGACUAUGACCAGCAGGGCUUUGAAAGGCAUGUGCAGACCCAUUUUGAUCAGAAUGUUUUAAAUUUUGACUAGUUACUUUUUAUUAUGAGUUAAUAGAACCUAGCAGUUAAAAAAAAUCUCCAAUAGACCACUAAGGAGAACACGGGCGAUCACUUUCGUGUGCCCUCUGCAGUGCUUUGCUGACCAAGAUCUCCUUGGAGGUGGGUGUUCCUAGGGUAGGGCCAGCCUUUGGCUUAUCAAUAAUUAGGAUUCUAACCUCUUUUUCCUACCUGCUUAAGAAAAGACAUUCUCGGGUGUUUGUAUUUUUAUUUAUUCCUCAGUUUGCAAAAUGAUACGACUAAAGGAAACAAGGAUUAUUUUGGUGUUGCUGCACUGAAAAAAUAUGUAUAGUGUGUUAUUUAGCACAAUAUUUACAAGUUUCUGUUGAUCUUGUUGAUUGAGCAUGACUACUAAUAUUAUGUAAUAAAAAGCAUUUAUCAUAAGUCUUACAAAGUAAUUCUUUGAAUGCAGAAAAUUGCAUAAUUUGGCCCAUGACAUUUUUUUUAUUCUCUUUAGAAUUGGAGCUGUAUGUAGAAUGAGAUCCCAUGCUUGCAAGUGCAGCAGAUACUCUUCUUACAUUUGAAAUGUUUGCUUUAGGAAUUAAUGGAAAGCAUAUUUUGCUAAUUGGUUAUAUUUAAGCCAACUUAAAGUUAUAUUCCUAUCCAGUGGGGAAAUGGAGCAAGGUAUGCCAGUACAGUUGUUUCAUAUUAUAUGAUCUAAAUAGUGGUGUUUGUGGCAUAAAAUCACAGAAAGUGUAUCCUUAUCUUUUUCACAUUUUCCAAAUGAGAGUAUAACUUUGAAAUAACAUUCUCAGUAAUUAAAAAUGUAAUAACAUAAAGUAGUAUGUUAUGUCUCUGCUGUGUAUAGUAUUCUCAUUAAAGAGUACACUUUGGAGGUAAUUUUG